AUGGAUAUGACUGUCACAGCCUGGGAGAAAAAUCUCACAACAACGUAUGGAAGUGAUCGGGCCUUUUAUUACAAGUAUACAUGGAAAAUACUAACAGCCAUCCUGACCCUGGGGGGCCUGGCAGGGAAUGCGGUGGUGCUCUGGCUGCUGGGCUUCCGCAUGCGCAGGAAUGCCUUCUCCGUCUACAUCCUCAACCUGGCGGGGGCAGACUUCCUCAUCCUCUGCUGCUAUAUUAUAUAUCUUUUAGACUCAAUUUUCAACUUAUAUUUUGUCAAGAAAGUAUCUAGCAGAUUUCUCCCGCUUGUGGCAAUGUUUGCCUAUAUCUCAGGCAUGAGCAUUCUCAGCGCCAUCAGCACGGAGCGCUGCCUGUCUGUCUUGUGGCCCAUCUGGUACCGUUGCCACCGCCCCACUCACAUGUCCGCUAUCAUGUGUGCCCUACUCUGGGCCCUGUCCCUGCUGCUGAGCAUUCUGAGAGAGUACUACUGUGGCCUCCUGGAUUGGGGAGUGCAUCAUGCUUGGUGUCAAGUGUUGGAUUUCAUCAAUGUGGCAUGGCUGAUUUUGUUAUUUGUGCUUCUCUCUGGGUCCAGCCUUGUCCUGAUGACCAGACUGUUGUGUGGCUCCCAACGGGUGCUGCCCACCAGGCUCUACAUGACCAUCAUGAUCACGGUACUGGUCUUCCUCUUUUGUGGCCUGCCCUUUGGCUUCCACUGGUUCCUCAUAGUCCGGUUUUCAAAUGAAUAUCUUGCCCUCUUCCAUCUUUCCAGGACUGUAGUACUUCUGUCCUGUGUCAACAGUUGUGCCAACCCCAUCAUUUAUUUCUUUGUGGGCUCUUUCAGGCAGCGAUGGCAGAAGCAGAGACACACUCUGAGGCUAAUUCUUCAGAGGGCUCUCCAAGACACUCCUGAAGUAGAUGAACCUACAGAGAGCCAUCCAGAGUAA